GGCCAUGAGAAACAUGUGUCUUGAAAAUGUCAAAUGUGUUUUCUCUGUUUUUUUCAGUAUCUAAUGCAUUGUUAGUGACUUUUCUUUUUUCAGGUCAUAGUUGAAAUAUCUGUUCGUUAGCAGAGAUUCACCUUCGAGCCCACAAUGACAGAGGUCAGAUCAAUACAGAGGUUAGAUGAGGUGGUGGUCAACAAGAUAGCUGCUGGUGAAGUUAUCCAGCGUCCAGCCAACGCUCUGAAAGAAAUGAUAGAAAAUAGUCUUGAUGCUAAAGCGACCAGUAUACAAGUAACAGUGAAACAAGGUGGAUUGAAGCUCUUGCAGAUCCAGGAUAAUGGACAUGGAAUUAAGAAAGAUGACAUGGACAUUGUCUGUGAGCGUUUUACCACCAGCAAGUUACAGAAAUUUGAAGAUCUGAAUUCAAUUGCGACAUAUGGAUUCCGUGGAGAGGCUUUGGCCAGUAUCAGCCAUGUUGCUCAUGUUACCAUAACAACAAGGUCAACAGAUGCCAAGUGUGCUUAUAAGGGUUCAUACAGUGACAGUAAACUGAAGGGCCCUGUGAAGCCAUGUGCUGGCAAUGUUGGUACUCAAAUUACAGUGGAGGAUCUUUUCUAUAAUAUUCCAACGAGGAAGAAAGCAUUGAAAAGUCCUUCAGAAGAGCAUGCCAAAGUAACUGAAGUCGUCAGCAGGUAUGCUGUUCACAACGCAGGUGUAGGAUUCACUCUAAAGAAACAUGGGGAGAGCACUGCUGAUGUGCGCACUCCUCCCAACGCAUCAAUCUUGGACAACAUCCGCACCAUCUUCGGAGCAUCUGUUGCAAGAGAGCUGCUGGAGGUAGAACACGAAGACACUAAGCUGUGUUUCAAGUUAAAGGGAUUCGUCUCAAAUGCCAACUACUCCGUCAAGAAAUGUGUCUUGCUGCUUUUUAUCAAUCAUCGCUUGGUCGACUCUUCAGCACUCCGGAAAGCCAUUGAGACCGUUUAUGCAGCAUAUUUACCUAAGAAUAUGCACCCCUUUAUGUAUUUGAGUCUUGAGAUUGCGCCACAGAACGUGGACGUUAAUAUUCACCCAACGAAACAUGAGGUCCACUUCCUCCAUGAGGACGCCAUAAUCGAGUCGGUACAGAAAGUCAUCGAAUCGAAACUUCUUGGCGCAAAUGAGUCAAGGACGUAUUUUGCUCAGGCCCUUCUCCCCGGUGCUACUGUCUCUGUAUCCGAUAGCUCCGUCGGGAAAACCGCCAAGGACCAGUCGUCUGCCCCUCACCACAUGGUACGGACAGACAGCCGGGACCAGAAACUUGAUGCAUUUAUCAAACCAUCGACAUCGAAAGAAAAACAAGAUGAACCAAUGGAGAUAGACAAUGGAGAAGUGAAGAAAGGACAAAGCAGUGAUUUGCCCCCCUCAACCACAUCCAGUGGUCCGAAGAGGCGUGAAAUGAAACUGCGAAGCUUACUCAAUCUUCAGAAACUUGUGUGCGAUGACGUGCAUUCAGGACUGAGAGACAUCUUUAAACAGCAUACGUUUGUUGGCUGUGUGAACCAGACCCACACCCUUAUCCAGCACCAGACAAAGCUCUUCCUGGCCAACACAACCAAUCUAAGCAAAGAACUCUUCUACCAGAUCAUGGUCUAUGACUUCGGAAACUUCGGAGUUCUACGACUAUCUGAACCAGCGCCAAUCUAUGACCUUGCCAUGCUUGCCCUUGACAGCGAUGAGAGCGGUUGGAGUGAGGCAGAUGGGCCUAAAGAGGACCUAGCUAAAUAUAUCGUCAAGUUUCUCACCGCAAAAGCAGACAUGUUGGAUGACUAUUUUUCACUUCAAGUUGAUGAGGAUGGAAAUCUUCGCACCCUGCCUCUACUCCUCGAGAACUAUUUACCACAGAUGGAGGGCAUUCCCAUGUUGGUGCUGAGGUUGGCCUCUGAGGUCAACUGGGACUCUGAGCAGGAGUGCUUCGAGACAAUUUGUCGUGAGAUGAGCGAUUUCUACGCCAUUAAGACGGAUCUAUUCCCGAGUUCGGAUUCUCAGGACAGUCAAGAGUCGAGUAUGAGUGAACCAACAAGUGAUGUGAACUGGAAGUGGACAAACGAGCACGUCAUCUACCCAGCAUUUCGAAAAACACUUCUUCCACCGAAGAGAUUUGCAGACAACGCCAAUAUUCUUCAAGUUGCAAAUUUGCCCGACUUGUAUAAGGUUUUCGAACGAUGUUAAGGGCUCCCAGUAGUUUCUUUGCU